AUGUUUCCCUUGGGGGUUGACGAUGAGGAGUGGCGCAGCAACACGAUCACGGUGCGCGAGCGCGCCAUGCUCAUGUUCAUCAACUCGGUGACCGACAAGCCCGAGUGGGCGCGCAAGGUGCAUGACGAGACGAUCGUGGCCAAGUGGAAAGCCGAGCUGGCGGACAUGGUCGCCAAGGCGGGAAACACACGCGUGUCCGAGGGCGGGAGCCUGCUCGUGAACGGCUUCUCGGAUGCCAUGUUCGAGUACUGCCUCCUCGAGCUGCGGGACAAGGCGACAGCGGAUGAGGCCUCGGCGCGCGACGGGACGGGCGGCAUCACAAUGGUGCUCGACACUGCCGCAGCCGUGUUCAAGGCUGACGGACGCGUCCCGGAGGAUGUGCGCGCCUCCCUCCUCGAUGCUGUCAAGCCGCUUGAGGCGCAAGAGCCAGACUGGCACCCCGGUAGCGAUGGCAAGGUGCUCGACCUUGUCCACCCGUCUCUCUGGCCUCUGGUGUACGGGACGACGACGCAGCUCGACUCGGAGAUGGGCAUGGACGAGGCCAUCUCCCUCAUAGGCUCGGGCGAGGUGGUGCCGGUGCCAACGGCGGCGUCGCUCGGCCUCGGCAAGCCCAGCCGCCGCCGCAUGUGGAGCAAGCGCUUCCAGUGGCUGCCGUGCGAAAUCUCGUUCGGGCCCGACGGCAAGGGCCAGGCGCAGGUCACGAGCUACAUCAACAAUGCGCAUCCGGCGGAGCAUGCUGCGCUGUACCCCGUUGUUGCGCGCGUGAUUGACGCCGCGCUGCCAAUGUUGCAGGCAGCCUAUGAUUGCGAGGCCGCAUUCGCACGCAAACGCAUCAUCUGCAACGAAUCGAACCGCAAGUGCACUGUGCCGGAGCUCUGCAAGACGUCGUGCAACGGACGCAACAUUCCCAAGGAAGAGAUUCCGGAGGGCAUAGACGAGGAUGACGACAAUAUGUACGAGAUCGAGUCUGAGUGGUUCUACCGCGUGCACCCCGUCGCGCAGCCGGAGCCGCAAGCGUACGGCACCCUGCCAGCCCCGCCCCGCGUUACCCUGCCGCCCGAGGACUGGCCUCUCCCCGCCGACAAGCGGCUGCAAGUCAUUGUCAAGCUCGCCAACAUUCACCUCACGCCAGAGAAACCGCGGUAUGACGGCGGCAGCUGGCAUUUCGAGGGACAGGCGAACGAGCACAUUGUCGGCACAGCGCUCUACUACUACGACGUAGAGAAUGUCACAGAGUCGCGCCUGGCGUUCCGCACUGUGUGUGAUGCCGAGGACUACAAUGAGGGCGGGUUCGAGUACGAGCAGGGCGACCACGAGCCAUUCGACAUCCUGUACGGCGUCAAUCCAAGCGGAUGGAGCGAGAGCAAAGUCCAGAUGCUCGGUGACGUCGCGACCACGGAGGGGCGCCUGCUCGUGUUCCCUAACGUGCUGCAGCACCAGGUGCAACCGUUCGAGCUCGUGGACAAGACGCGCCCGGGCCACCGCAAGAUCCUCGCCCUCUUCCUCGUCGACCCCGCGGUGCGCGUGCCCUCCACCGCGACGGUCCCGCCCCAGCAGAAGGAGUGGCGCGAGGCGUCCGUUCUUGACGAGCGCCUCCCGCCCGAGCUCAGCCAAAUGAUCUUUGACAAUCUCACUGUGCCAUACGGCCUCGAUAAGGCCAAGGCGCUCCGGGAAGAGUUGAUCGAGGAGCGCAAGGCUGUCGACAAGAACGUCGACGAGAUCAUGAGCGAGGAAACGUGGUGCUUCUGUGAGCAUUAG